CCUGCCUGUUACCUGUAUGAAACUCAGGAAUCAAGUCAUACCUUUGACAAAACAAGGAGCGCAGAGACUUUUUGGGGAGCGACCUGGGGCUACAAAUCGUAACACAAGCCGAGCCCACGAUGGCCAGCGCGAAAAUCACAGCCUGCAUGCUCGCGGUCGUGGUUACGUUUUUAUCGGGCGCCGAGGCGACGAAUUACACGGUGGGCGGUUCUGGGGGAUGGAAGAUCCCUUCUAGCGCCAGCGCAUAUUCCGACUGGGCUAGCCAACACGCGUUCGAGGCCGGCGACGUUCUGGUGUUCGAUUUCGACUCGAGCACGAACAACGUCGCGGACGUGACGAAGGAGGACUACGACGCCUGCAACGCCGACUCUCCAUUCACUGUCCUAUCCACUUCUCCGGCCUAUUACUCCCUUGAUACCGCCGGCGACUAUUACUUCCUCUGCACUGCUACAGGCCAUUGUUCCCAGGGUCAGAAGUUGGCCAUCGCCGUCGCUGAGGCUCCGAGCGGCCCGACCUCCAGCCCGCCGGGAUCCCUGCCGCCGCCAUCCCCCACCACAGGCGCAACCGCAUCUCCAACAAGUGUUGGCUCGCCUCUUGGUGUUGCGAGACUAGUCCUGUUCAUGUCCAUUUUCCUGGGCUUAUUGUGUUAGUUCGUACAAGAGGGGGCAUCAUUGCUUCUCCUAGAUAGAGGUGGAAAUGUUGGU